UUAUUUUCUCUAAAAUUUGUCUUGCAGAUCUUAAAAUCUCAAGUCAUGUAUGUCCUUGGACUGUUGUCUUUGCUUGCUUUGCAAAGCAAAGCUUUCAAGAUAAAUUUUCCUGAUGAAACCAUUGCUGAGCUUUCUGUGAAUGUUUACAGUCAGCUACGAGCUGCAAGAGAAGAUGAGAAUAUUCUUUUCUCUCCUCUGAGCAUUGCAAUAGCCAUGGGAAUGGUAGAGCUUGGAGCUCAUGGAACCACUCUGAAAGAAAUUCGGCAUUCGUUGGGUUUUGACAGCUUAAAAAAUGGUGAAGAGUUUACCUUUUUAAAGGACCUUUCUGAUAUGGCAACUACUGAAGAAAGUCAUUAUGUUCUGAAUGUUGCUAAUUCUCUCUAUGUGCAAAAUGGAUUUCAUAUCAGUGACAAAUUUCUGCAGCUGGUGAAAAAAUACUUUAGAGCUGAAGUAGAGAAUGUAGAUUUCAGCCAAAGUGCAGCUGUAGCUACCCAAAUCAAUAGAUGGGUGGAGAAUCAUACAAAUAAUAUGAUCAAGGAUUUUGUGUCUUCAGGAGAUUUUGGUUCUCCAACUCAUUUGGCUCUGAUCAACGCAAUCUACUUUAAAGGCAAUUGGAAAUCACAGUUCAGACCUGAAAACACAAGAACUUUUUCUUUCACUAAAGAUGAUGAAAGUGAAGUGCAGAUUCCAAUGAUGUACCAGCAGGGAGAGUUUUACUAUGGAGAGUUCAGUGAUGGAUCCAACGAAGCAGGCGGUAUCUAUCAAGUUCUGGAAAUACCAUAUGAGGGAGAUGAGAUUAGUAUGAUGAUCGUUCUUUCCAGACAGGAAGUUCCACUGGUGUCAUUGGAACCACUGGUUAAAGCCUCAUUGAUUAAUGAAUGGGCUAAUUCUGUAAAGAAGCAAAAAGUGGAAGUAUAUUUACCAAGGUUCACAGUAGAACAGGAAAUUGAUCUGAAAGAUGUCUGGAGAGGUCUCGGAAUUACAGAGCUGUUCAGCAGUAGUGCUGACCUCACUGCAAUGUCUGAUAACAAGGAACUUUACCUUGCAAAGGCAUUUCACAAGGCAUUUCUAGAAGUUAAUGAGGAGGGAUCAGAAGCUGCUGCUGCCUCAGGAAUGAUUGCCAUUAGCAGAAUGGCAGUGCUGUAUCCCCAAGUUAUAGUUGACCAUCCCUUUUUCUUUUUGGUCAGAAACAGAAGAACAGGUACUGUGUUAUUCAUGGGAAGGGUAAUGCACCCUGAAGCAAUGAGUGCAAGUGGCCAUGACUUUGAAAAGCUUUAACCGCCACCAGCUACCAAAAGAGGAAAUAAGCACAUAAAGUUUGAAGUUAAUACAUUUAAGUUUUUCUGUGUUUUCCCACAAGAUAUUGUUUAAAAUGCUUUCAGAUCUAACUGUGCACGUCAAUUUCCAGAGGAAAGCUUACAGUAUUACAGUAAUGCUUCUGUUUCUGUCAUUGUGAUUGUCGUGUUCUUAAAAUAAACUUGCGUACAUGUCAACAACUGUUUCUUGUUCUAGAGAAUUGUAAAGCAAAAAAAUGCAAAUCCGUUAUUGGUAAUUUUUUUACAGUCCAAAGACUGACUUGCUCAGUGAGACAGGAGUGGAAUGUGUGCAGCUUUGGGUAUUACAAAUGCAAACCUUGAUGAUAAUUUAUAGUGUUGAAGAACUACAUCUGGAAAAUGUAAUCUCUUCCUGUUCCUGUAAAAAUAGUAAACAGACUGCAAUACACUGUCUCAUCAAAGUUAAUGGAACAAUUUAAGCCUAGUCAAUUUUAUUCUAUAACAUAACCUGUGGUAGACUUUGUGUGAACUCUCUCACAUGUGAUUCUGAAAUGUUGCUUUUAUGAAUGCUCCUGCAUGUUACUCUGCCAUUGAUCUUCCAGAACUGUUGAUGCCAAUAAGAUUUGAUUGCAUGAAUAUUUGAGACUAGUCAGUGUAGAAUAGCUAUGUCUGUGAAUGAAGUAAAAUAGUUGAAUAGUAAUGUCAUUCAUGUGAAUGUACUUUUCUCUCCAGAAGUUCUUGUUCUACUCUAACCUAAGCUUUUCAGUAUCUCACUUCAGAGAUCUAGAAUGAGCUUUCUUCAAAGUAAAACAAAAAAACCCGUAAUUUUCAGUGUCUAAAAAUGUUCUAUUCAUAAAUAAAUUCUAAAGGAACAACAU